ACUGAAUGUGUCUUAGUCUACAUGAGGAUAUUCCUUGGUUGCACAUGUUUGAGCGAAUAAGAAAAAGGAUAACUCCCUUGAGCUGAUUGAUGGCUUCACGUUCAUUUGUGUGUUACAUCAUCGUGCAUGUCUCUGACUUCACUGGACCCCUGGAACACGCUCCAACGGCCCCCUGGAGGUCCUCGAACCCUACUUUUGAAAGCCCUGUUGCUCGCUGCAGGUUACGCCCACUCCUCCGCGCCGCAGCCUCCUCUGCAUCCUCCCCUCGUGCUCUCGGGAGCCCGCUACUACCGGGGAUCCUCUUGUACUUCAGUGACGGACUUAUAAAGCGCAGCUGAGAAGGAAACAAACAAAACAACCUUUAAAAAAAACAAAAACCCCGAUGCUUAAAGGAGUGGCUGAAUGGUGCGUUCACAGACGCUACGCAAUUGGAAUGAGGAGACGCGCCAAAAAAAGUUCUUAACAAGACGAACAUUUCAGGAUGCACUGGUUGUUGAUGCCCAAGUUAGGCUUUCUUGUUUAUUUUCACAGCUGUAUAUCAGCUUUUACAUUGGAAACCAGAAGCCUGACAUAUCAUGAGUUCUAUUAUGAGUAUGUGCCUGAUCGACUGCAGUGGACCAGUGCUGGGGAGCUCUGUAACCAGCGCUCCGGGGCCUUAGCCACAGUCACCAACUCGGAAGAGAACCGAAACCUAACCACCUUCCUGAAGUCUUUGAACAUCUCUGAACCUGUGUGGAUCGCCAGGAAAGUCAUGACUUAUCUGACAAGUUCCUCUGACACCCUAAUUCUGGAAUUCAGCGGGCGCUCGGAUAGGAAGCAUGCCCGUCUCCUGCACAAGUUCUCCUCCAUGGGCUCAGUGACCGUUUGCACCCGUCUUCGCUUCGAUCCCAACUGCUUUGGAAUUUCUACCAUCUUCUCUUAUUCCAUCCAGUCACAUAUUAAUGAGUUCCAGCUCCGCGCAAACCUGAUCCAGGGCAAGCCCGUGCAGCUGGCUCUGAUGGUCCAUGGCAUUCAUGGGCCUUACCAAGAAGCCGUUGACCAUGACGACUCCUGGCAUUCCGUGUGCGUUUCUUGGAGUCAGAACGGUGGACGCUGGGCACUAUAUACUCAUGGCCUUGGAUUCUCUAGAGGUGAUGGCCUUAACAGCUCUGACAGCAUUGGUCCCGACGGCCUUUUCAUUAUCGGGCAGGAGCAGGACACGUUUGGGGGCUCAUUUAAGAAGGAUGAGUCAUUCUCAGGGAGCAUCACAGAGCUGCACAUUUGGGAUCGAGUACUGAAUGGCAGCGAAAUCUUCACCAUGGAAAAAGAGUGCUCGCUCAUUUCCUCUGGGCUGGUGUUCAAGUGGAGUGGAGCAGCCAUGGAAAUAGAGUCCUCCCUUACAAAGCUGUGGAGAGACAACCCAUGUCAAGGUAACUUCACUGUGUUAGCAAAUCCGUUCUUGGAUUCCCUCAAGGACGGAGACGCUUUGCAGAAUCAAACAUUUGAGCUGUUCCAGAGUCCUCAGUCAGAUGUGGACUGUGGCAUCUUUGACCCUGUUGUCGAGCACUGGAGCCUGGCCAAGUGUGACUCAUUCAGAGGGGCUGUAUGCCAGUUUAAGAAAGAAGUGCUGGAUGUUUUCAGUUUACCGAAGUCUCCAUUCUUCAGCAGACUGAGCAGGGAUCCUCUGACCAAACCUGUGAUGGAUGAGCUGAGCAUCAACUCGUCCUGGGACAGAGAUCUGACCUCGCUGCAGCAGCUGUCCCAGGCUGUCCUGCUCACCGUGGAGGCCGGUGGCCAAAAUGUCCUCACCCCCAGUGACGUCCUCUACCUCUCCCGGAUGAUUGAGACAGACCUGAGUGCAGCAGCCAGUAUUCACUCUGCUGGACGUGAUGCAGCGGAGGUCAUGGUCUCCAUCGCCACUAACUACCUGAAGGCAGCCAGUUUGAUGCUGGAGCCCAGCAUAGCUACGCAGUGGAUUGGCCGGAGUGAGGAUGGGUUCAGCGUGGGCCCUUUUACCAUUGUCAAGAGCAUUGACAGUCUCACUGAUGAUCUUGCAGACAUGCUGUCUGCUGAGAGGAGAGGCUUCACUCUUUCUACCAAGAACAUAGAUGUGUACAUGAAAUGGCAGAAGCUGUCUGAAGAGCACUGUCGUCAAGUCUUCAAGCCGUCUGUGGUCAGCUCUGGCACCACAAUUAGCAGCGGUGGUCAGGAUGAGUUGAUAAUCCCUGACACUGAGCUCCAGAGGAUACACGCACUGGGAUACGAGGAAGUGAUGUUUAUUCAUACCCACUAUAGUCAUCUGAGUGAGAUCGAGUCUGGAACACAGGAACCUCCAGUGAGUCCCCAAGAGAAAUUUCAAAGAAUUCUCCCAGGUCACCUCACUUCUGCUGUUAUAUCAGCUACUGUGCGUGAUCCCUCCAAGGCCCAGACCGUCCCUGUGGCUGUCCAAUACACCCUGUCUUCAUCACAUGUGGUGGAGUAUUCACAGCGAGCAUCACCUGUUUGUGCAUUUUGGAAUUUCAGCCUGAUGCACACUCAAAGCAAUAGCUGGUCCAGCGUUGGUUGCAGGGUGACCUAUGCCGGCUCUGGUGUCACUUCCUGUCUAUGUAACCACACCACCAAUUUUGCAGUGUUGAUGAAUUACCUGGAGUCGAAGUGGAGUCCUGAGGAAGAGCUUAUUUUAACGAAGCUGACAUUCAUCGGCUCUGGUGCGUCUCUGUGUGCGCUGUUGGUGACCUUGAUGCUGUUUACUGUGCUGGAUAUUCCCAAAUCUGACCGGACGUCCAUUCAUAAGAACCUGUUCAUUGCGCUGAUCUGCGCCCAGGUGAUUCUGCUCUGCAGCAGCUCAGCCAUUCACAACAAGGUGGCGUGUACACUCGUAGCGGCGCUGCUCCAUCUCUUCUUCAUGGCAGCGUUUAGCUGGAUGCUGGUGGAGGGUCUGCUGCUCUGGAGCAAGGUGGUUGCGGUCAACCUAAGCGAGGAGCGGCACAUGAAAUAUUACUAUCUCAUCGGCUGGGGUCUGCCGGUGCUGAUAGUCACCAUCACACUGGCAUCGGCCUCGGGCAAAUACGCCGCCGACGGCUACUGUUGGCUCAGUGUCCAGAAUGGCAUUAUCUGGGGUUUCGCUGGGCCCGUCAUCUUCAUCAUCAUGGUAAAUAUCAUGAUACUGACGAGGGUGGUGGUCAUCACAGUCUCCACAGCCAAGAGAAGGUCCAUCAUGCUGGCCAUGGGCACCAGUCCUGUGGAACAAACCUACGAGCAAAUCAGGGCUGCAGUGAAAGCAGUGUUGGUGUUGCUGCCUAUCCUUGGAUUAACAUGGCUAUGCGGCGUCUUGGUGCCUUUCUCCAUUGUCAUGGCCUACAUCUUCAUCCUUCUCAACUCCCUACAGGGCCUUUUCAUCUUCCUGAUAUAUGGGGUGUACAACACAGAGAACUGUGCCAGUUCACGACCAUCCAGCUCAGUUACCAGCUCUCGUCCUGUCAGUUUCCCACUUGGAACUACCCCAAGCCAGGAGGAGGAGACCACCCAUACCUACACAUGCAGCAACACCCCAGAUAUGGGGAAGGACGAAGAGAGAACCAGGGGUCAGCUGUCCAUUCCUUGUGUUCAAGAGAGACUGGAAAAUCCCUCGAGCCAAACCUUCAAUGGCACUCAUCAGCAUGGGAAGGCUCACCCUCCCUCCGAGGUGGACGAUGACUUGCCGGCUGGUUGUAGUCUUCAUGUUCCCAUGGAGCUGGAGUUCACAACUUCCUGUUUCCCUCGCAGCCCUGCGCCUCAGAAGAGCCACGGCCUCGUCUGCGUUGACUGACCCGGUUGGUGUCACGGUGAUUGUACUUUUGUGUUGUGAUUAAUUUUGUAAUCAGAUGUUGUCUUUUUUCUUUGUGCUAUUAUAAGCUCAUUUCCCAAUUAUCUUUGUAGAGCCACGAGCGUACUUGUUAUCGUCUGUGUUCCUGUGAGAAUUUUAGUGAUUUAGGACAUUUUGCCUUUAACACAAUUCCUUAAAUGUAAUUUUAAUCCAAACUUAAAUUCCAAGUUUGUUAUUUUAUAUUUAGUGUAUUUUACAUGUGAACCCUUUCUUUUCUUGCUGUACAUGUUGCUUGUCAAAGCCUUGUAUUGUCCAGUAGUGUGUGGUUGAACUGUAGCCUGUUACACCUCAUCAUGUAACGUGUCAUGUUAAGGCGAUGCCCCUUGUUUGAUUCGGGCAGGCAUCUCCUCUUUCCCCAUUUUUCCGGUGACUCUUCUAUCAAGCUAUCGAAUAAAGGCCAGACUGGCAUGAAAAAGACAGGAGAACAA